AUGCCCUGGGUGAGUAGCCGCUGCGUCUCCGUUCCGUUGUCACAACUAAAAUGGCUUGAUAGCAUCAAUCAGAUAGACAUCCCUGAGCGUGGUGCCCAGGUCAAGCAGAUGCGGAGAAUCUAUGAAAGCGCAAAAACCGUCGUGAUAUGGCUUGGGCCGGAUGAAGACCAAAAAGCAGCUCUAGCCGUCGACUCAGUCCGUCAAAUCACCAACUUCCUGUGUCGGACACUGGGUAUCUCGCCUGAACACCUAUCAUCAGUGGAGGAAGUUUACCACGAGAUUGUUUUCCAAAAUCGGCAUCGCAUUCCCCUUCCUCAAGAAUGUGACUUCGUCACCAAAAACAUGUGGGAGUCGCUACUUUGGCUCUAUAGACAACCGUACUUUACCAGAGUGUGGGUCAUUCAGGAAAUCAACGCCAACAAGCAUCGACUGGCCUACUGUGGCAACGAGAUCAUCGAGUGGGAUGCAAUUGAGCUUGUCGCUGGCUAUAUUAUCCUCGAAACAGACUUCUCUAAAACCCAUGGCUUUACAGAUGCGUACUGCUGGUGGGCGUCAACCGCCCCGUCAGAGCUCCGGCAAGCCAAGAACUGGCUGCACAUGCUAUACCUCGCGUCCAACUUUGGUGCCACCGAUUCGAGGGACGUGGUAUAUGGUCUCCGAGGAAUGAUGAACUGCGAGGAAGGCGGCUGGCUGCUAGACCCCGAUUAUAGCAAGUCUACAGUCGAAGUAUAUCGCCAAACUGUUGAAGCCGCCUUUGUGAACUAUAAGUCAACAAAUGCUCUACUGUACGUCUCCGGCGUCGAGGAUCCCUCAUGGAUACCCCGUUGGGAUCGUCCUAUGCUGUUUCGCAACCCUUUUCGGUUUGGAAAACCAGUUCCGUGGAAACCAGCGGGCAAGUCGCGACCAGUGUGGAGCAUUGAUAAGAACAAGAACAUUUUGUCUCUCUCUGGCUUCGUCCUUGAUUCUAUCGAAUACGCCGAGCCCUACUACGAAACCUUCUUUGGCAGCACAAUCAUGGCUUCGGAAGAAGGAAAACUCGAGCUGAACAGAGCCUGGAAUAGGAUUCUCGGCAUGAUGGCGAAGAGUCUGCCAGGCGUACCAUUCGAGAACAGUAUUCUUGCAGCUACAUCAAUUUCCUUCUCUUUUGGAUUGGACCACAAGUGUCAACCAUCCGACGAAGUUCCCUUAUUUCGGAACUUCGUCGCCUAUCUAAAAAAAGUGCUCGACGAGGAAACAUAUAAUAAAUACGUAUCAAAAGCCACAUCCGAGGAAUGCAAAGACGGUGACGGGGAUGUGUUUGGCAAGCCUGUUUGGGAUUUCAAUUACCCGGUAGCUAGCUUUUUCAUUACCAAAACGAAAAUGAUUGGGUGUUGCAUCGCGUCAACUGCCCCUGGGGACUUUAUUUACGUUCCCCACGGUUGCACAUAUCCGCUGGUACUGCGGCCAAACAGCGAUCAGUUUCGCAUUAGAGGGUUUUGUUUCGUUCAUGGCAUCAUGAAAGGAGAGAGUCAGAAUUCUGCCGGAAGAAUGGUUGACAUCCGUUGA